UAAAUACGUGGCACAAAUGCUAACAUACACCGAACUCUAUUUUAUUUUAGUCAAUUUUUUUUUCCUAUAUAAAUAAUAUCUCCAAGCAAAGCAUUUUUUAACUGGAGUUGAAAGCCAAGAAAAAAAAAAAUUCACAAAUCUUCCGAUCAAAUUUCUUUCACCAUUUUUCUCUCUCUUCAAAUGGCGGCAGCGUGGACAAGGGGUCCCACCAUCGGCCGCGGCUCCUCCGCGUCGGUGUCACUCGCCACCACCGCCGGCGGCGAAGUAUUCGCCGCCGUCAAGUCUACUGAUCUCUCUUCCUCUGCUUCGUUGCAAAAGGAGGGAAUUUUGAUCUCUCAGCUUUCUUCUCCUUAUAUAGUCAAGUGCUUAGGCUCCGACAUCACGUGCGAGGAAAGCGGGCACGUGUACAAUCUCUUCCUCGAGUAUCUCCCCGGCGGCACGCUUUCCGACCGGAUCAAGAAACAGGGCGGGUCACUUGAUGAAACCGCGAUUGGGAAGCACGCGCAUGGAAUACUCAUGGGUUUGAAUUAUCUUCAUACGAAGGGAUUGGUGCACUGCGAUAUCAAAGGGGAGAAUAUUCUCCUCGGCGAAAACGGGUCGGUGAAGAUCGCGGAUUUCGGGUGCGCGAAACGGGUCGGGUCCGGCGGGUCGGGGUUUUCCGGGACGCCGGCGUACAUGGCGCCGGAAACCGCGCGCGGCGAGGAGCAGGGUUUCGCGGCGGAUGUUUGGGCUCUGGGGUGUACGGUCGUCGAAAUGGCGACCGGGUCCCACCCCUGGCCGGAGAUGAAGGACCCCGCCGCGGCCCUUUACAGGGUCGGGUUUUCCGGGGAUGUCCCGGAAACGCCCGCCUGGUUCUCCGGCCAGGCCCGAGAUUUUCUAGACAACUGUUUGACGAGAGACCCCAGAGAGCGGUGGACGGCGGCCGAGCUUCUGCGGCACCCGUUUAUGAUCGCCGCCUCCGCGGAGGAGGGCUCCGGGGAGGUGAUCGGAGAGUUCGCGAAGCGGGCUUCACCGACGAGUGUGAUGGAUCAAGAUUUCUGGGAUGCUCUGGAGGUGCCGGAAAACCCGAUGGAGAUUUCUUCGGAUUCGGAUUCUCCGGCGGGAAGGAUCAUGGAUUUGAUCGGAGAUGGGUUGAGUUACGGAGGUUGGACGGAGGAGGAAGGGUGGUUGACGGUGAGGGGUGAUGAAACUGAAGAAGAUUUGACGGCGGAAGCAGAGUCUGUUAAUUUCUCGGUUUUAACGGAAUAUUCUUUUUCCGAUUGUUUUGUUACACACACUGAGUGUGUGAAAGAUUUAGAUGUAUUAUUAACAAUUACUAUUGAUUAUGAAAUAAUUAUGUUAUUAAUUGAAUUAUUUCUUCACCACGAUCAACUUUCCCUACAAUUUGUUCAAACUAAAAGAAACACUAAUUUAUACGGAGAUUGA